CACUGUGGAAUGGAGUCAUCCCCUGUUCACUAAGCCUUAUGAUGGCAAAAAUAGACCAGAACUAAUAAAGAAUAAUGAAUGAACAAGAGCUACGGCGAACACUCCCUGAACAGUUUUCAGGGAGUGGGCACACCUUUGGCACGCAACGGCAUCAAAGUGUCACUAACCCAAUACUGUCCAAACGAGUAUGCUUCUACAAGAGUGGAGACCCUCAGUUUAAUGGUCUGCGGAUGGUCAUCAACAGCCGCACUUUUAAAACAUUUGAUGCACUCCUGGACAGUUUAUCUAAGAAGGUCCCUCUGCCAUUUGGAGUGAGGAACAUUACCACUCCUCGAGGCGUCCAUGCUGUCUCCUCUCUGGAUGAACUGGAGGAUGGGAAGUCUUACAUUUGCUCAGACCAUCGAAAGGUGAAACCUAUAAAUCUGGCCAUGGCCCAGAAAAAGCCACCUCCCUGGUACCAUGCCCGGCCCGUGAGCUCUCGACGCCGGACCAUCCAGAAGGCCCAGCGUUACCCUGGACACAAACUUCAUAACCUGGAGUCAGUGGUGAUGCGCACACCAAAAAAGCUCUUGGUUUUCCGUAAUGGAGACCCAGCAUUCAAGUGUGUUGUUGUGCUUCAGAAGAAGUCUACACCCACAUUUGAAUCCAUCCUGAGAUACAUUUCAGAACUGAUGCAGUUUAAUGUGGCAAAACUACACACACCUGAAGGAAGACAUGUUGAUGGUCUCCCAGGCUUGAUAAUGUGUUCUGGAACUGUGGUAGCUGCAGGCAGGGAAAAGUUCAAACCUGCAAACUACAAUUCACAAAAAUCAUUUGAGCCGCCUCGAAUGAGAGUCAACCGAAGAAGUGUUCGACGACUAAAGGCUUUAAGUCAGAGCGCAUACAGUAUGCCUACAAACUCCAUUGAAAUGGAGUCCAUCCAUAUUCUAGACUCAGUGGCAGAAUCAGAAGCAGAAAACUUUGCCGGAGCUGGGGUUGAAGGCCAGGACUGUUUGCUACCGACAGACGAUGAUAUUGAAAAAUCCUUUCGGGUGAACCAAGAUGGUAGCAUGACAGUUGAAAUGAAGGUGCGACUGACAAUUAAGGAGGAAGAGACACUUCAUUGGACAACCACCCUGUCACGUUCCUCUGUAUCUGAUCAGCUUACUGGGGACAGUUUCCUGGCUCCUGCACCAGAGCAAGAGAUCAGCCUACCUGAAUCAGACCAUAUGGAUUUACGGACUCCUGCUGCUACACCCAAGGAUAUCAACAAGAACAAAGAUAUCUGCAAAAUAACUCCCAAACUAGAUGUAGAGAGGUUUGAUGCAAAUGAUGUAAGCUGUGCAGAGGCUUUAGAAAUGAUGGAGUCCCUUCGAGAAAUUGCUAGUAUAGAUGAGCGUCAGACAUUACAAUCUGUUUCUGAGCAUGAGACAUGUUCAGAAAAGAAAAUUGCAAAUGGUCUGAGGAAGGGCAUUAUGAGUCCAUCACAAAGAGAGUUGUCUCCUUUAUCUGACAGGAAUGCAUCCUCCACUGAGUCCCCCAUGUCCCAGCUGUCCCCCGGCACCCGAUCAGCUCCACAGUCAUCCUUAUCCUUUAGCUAUGACUCCACCAGUGUUAUAACCAAACAGCCAGAGGGGAACCGGGACAUUCCAGAGGGCACAAAGAUGCAGUCAGAGAAAAAUGGAAAACUCCCUGGUGGUGUGACAGAUUUCAAAAUCAUGGAUAAUAAAGUUCAUCCUCUGGUGGAGGUGUCUCCUGCUCAUGAGGCUGUUGUAGUUCAGCCAGUCAGAGGUCAAGGUGUUAUGAGCAGAAGGGUGCAAGAGCCUGAUGUGUUGGACAUUUUGUACAAUUUCUGUGGAGAGCAUUGCCCAAUACUGUGA